AUGAACGCGUCGUAGUCACAGUCGUCGUCGUCGUCUUCGCAGUCGGUGUGGUUUUUCAUUUUGCUGCGCUUAGUGUGUACCUAUAAUAUUUUUACGAUUUUCGACGAAGACUUAAAAAUAAAAACAGUGCCUGUACAAUUAGAGUUAUUUCUGUUCGCCGCGUUCGACAUGAUAACCAAGAGCGGAGUAGGUGGAGGAAUAGUACGUCGCCCGCUGAAGAGCGGCAGCAGAGCAGGCCAUCCGAGGCCAGUCAGCGGAUUAAGUUUCAGCGUGCUGGAUUUGGCUGCCAUACGGAAGCUGUUGGAAGAAGGCGAUGGCGACGAGACGUGCCCCAGCUGUGGCAUGCCUUUUGACAAAGGCAAAAAAAGAAAGCUCAUCGACUCUUGCGGACACGAACGUUGUUACGCGUGCAUGUUCCGCAACGAAGGUUGUCCGCUGUGCGCCGCGGUGGCGACCGCCGACGACAGCCCGACAAGAGCUUCCAAGAAAUCAUUGACCGAUGAGCCUAUAUAUGUGCAAAACACACGAACUAACAGACCAAGAGUCAAGACUAACGGACACUUUUCACCCUACGUCCAGUCAAGACAAGGUUCACAAGAACUCAGUCAUUCGCCUAGUAGGCUUCCAAGACCCAACCGGAACUUGGACGAAGUCAUGACUCAGAGCUGYCCAACUCCUCCGCAGAGUAGAAGAAAAUUUUUUCUCAGUCCAAAAACCAUACGAAAUCAAUGGUCCAUGCGAAGUGGAUCCAGGUCGCCCUCAGACAACGCACUCUCCGACGAUGAAGGCGGAAACGUGAAACCGCGAGGAUCGUUGAACCAAAGAAGUUGCAAUUCAGACACUCUAUACACAAGACUGGGACUGCUGUUGUCGAGAGACAGCAAUUCCAGAUCAUUUACGGAGGAUGUGUCUUUGUCGAGCAUCAACUCUAAGCCGGUGUCGAGUAAUGGGAGCCCCGUGUCCACGCUCACGGGGUCCUCUGAGACCGAACACAAAGCAAUUAAAGAACAAUCGUCCGACAGCAUCGGAUCUCUCAUGUCCAUGUCUGGACAGAGCAACGGUUCGUGUAGCCCCUUGACCCGAAGACAUUCUGUCACGACAUUACAAGCGGGCUCUGUWGACGAUUUACGUUCAUUUAGAACGAGGCGGCAGCCGACCAGGAGGUCUGCUAGAUCCGGUACGAUUAAGGGACCCAUCGAUCCCAAAGUGCGAUUCGCCCAGUACAGAACAUCUCCACAACAACAACAGCUCCAGCUUCAGCAGCAGCAGCAACAACAACAACAACUUCUCGUACUGAAACCUUUGUUCUUCGAGGUGCCUCAACAAGAAUCAGACCCGUUAUUUCUUGGUCGCGAGUGGUUGGUCCAGGAAAUUAGUAGAACGAUUCUGCAUGCCCAAUCGCCCGGUGUCGCGGUGACUGGGCUGCCGGGUACAGGAAAGACAGCGUUCGUCUUGCAACUCGUCGAGCACAGCUGUUUCGGCCGUAUUCAAUCGAAUCUGUCUGACGUGAAAGUGCCUCAGACUUCGGUGGUUUCUGAAGACGUAAAGUCCCUGGCAUCGCGUGUGGUCGCUUACCACUUCUGCCAAGCCGACAACAACAGCACGUGUCUGAUACCUGAAUUCGUACACUCGCUUGCAGCCCAACUAUGCCAAGCACCCCAGCUAAAUAUGUACCGACAACACGUGCUGACAGAACUCAACCUCCAGGAUUCGCUGUCGAUGCGUGAGUGCAUCGUAGAUCCUGAUGCGGCAUUCACGAGAGGUGUCUUGGAACCGUUAAACACACUUAGUAGACUGGCCAAUACAAUUGGCACCGGUGGUCUAGUGAUCGUCAUCGAUGGCUUGUGCGAAGCUGAAUAUCACCGGCCUGAUCACGGAGACACGAUUGCUUCGUUUUUAGUGAAGCACAUGCCUAAGUUUCCGGCUUGGCUCAAAGUCAUUGCUACACUGAGGACUAACCUGGAAGACGCGUUACCAUCUUUACCGCUGACCAAAAUUUGUGUGGACGUAAACUCUACGAACAAAGAAAAUGUGAUAAAAGACAUGAUGGACUACAUCAGUUUCCGAGUUACCAACAGCGCUAGUAUUCAGAACAAUUUGAUUGCCGGAACAACGGGACAGCUGAAGUUCUGCCAACAUUUGCAAACCGCCAGCGAUGGGUCAUUUCUUUUCGCCAAACUCACUUUGGACCUAAUCGAGAGGGGCCACUUGGUAGCCAAGUCUCAAAGCUUCAAAGUGUUGCCGGUCACGUUGGCUCAGAUAUAUCAGCUCCAUUUCAAUCUGAGGUUUCCGACGACAAGCUCGUUUGAAAAGGUUGCUGAUAUUUUGAGUGUAUGCCUCGCUGCGCUUUACCCGUUAACAAUUUUGGAAAUUUACUAUUCAGUUAAUUCGUUGAACGUUGACGAAUUCAUUUCGUGGGAGGCGUUCUUGCAGAGGUUCAAGUUGAUCUCGGGACUACUCAUAAAACGACUAGACAAUACGUAUAUGUUCUUCCACCCGUCAUUCAGGGAAUGGCUUAUGAAACGCGAAGAUAGUGAGUCGAAGAAAUUCGUGUGUGAUUUAAGAAACGGACAUUUGGGAAUCGCCUUACGGUUUUCGAGACUCCAAGCGCCGCUGGACAGCGAAAAGACUCUGGAACUGGGCCAUCACAUUCUGAAAGCCCAUUUGUACAAGAACGUUUCGYUACAACCUUUGGACGGCGCUUCGUCCAGAGACUUACAGGCCAAUUGGUUGGCUUCAGUGUCGAGCAACGUAUCGUCCGCACUGUGCUCCAUGCGCAACACGUACGCGCCGAAUGUCAAAGUAUCGAGACUACUGUUGCUAGCCGGAGCAUCGCCGGACGUCCGGACGGAUAUGUUGGGACGAGCUCCCGCCAUUUGUGUUUACGCUUAUGAAGGCGUUUACGAUAUGGUGGCGGUGUUGUUGGAAUUCGGCGCCUCCGUAAACGUAUCAAACAGCCAAGGACGGACACCGUUGUGGAUGGCCGCGAGCCGGGGUCACAUCGAUGUUGUUAAACUGCUGAUCGAGGCUGGCGCGUCGCCCGGGCUCACAGAUUCGGCUGGCAGGUGCCCGCUGGUGGAAGCCGCAAAAAACGGACGUUUUAACGUAGUGGCGUUCUUGUCGGGCUGCGAGUGGACCGUGACCGACCCGCGAGCUGAGGUCGAUCACACGGACGCCUCGCAGCAGGCCCUGGUCCAAGCGUCUGGACGUGGGGUGGACGACGUCGUUGAAUACCUACUGGAUGUGGCGGAGGUUACCGUGGAUGGGCAGGACAGCCUGUCGGGAGAGACGGCACUGACUCUGGCAUCUUCCAAUGGUCACAAAUCUACCGUGGUACUGUUGAUCGACCGUGGCGCCCAAGUGUCKUCUGCUAAUGUGAAGAGCAUGAAUGCGCUGGCGCUGGCCGCUCGUGACGGUCAAUGGGAGGUGGUCGAGACAUUAUUGCACAGCGGCACCCACGUCGAUAUUGUCGACUCUGAUCAAAGGACGCCAUUAAUGAUGGCCGCGUCCGAAGACCAUUCUGGUAUUGUUGAGCUUCUCCUAGACAGUGGUGCUGAUUUAAGUGCUGAAGAUCGCCAUGGACAGACUUCAUUAAGUUGGGCUUGUCUGAAAGGACGAGUAGCUAUUGCCCAAUAUCUACUAGAUCGCGGAGCACCCAUCGAUCAUGCAGAUAAGUCAGGAAAAACUGCUCUUGAUUUGGCAACUUUAAACGGAAAUCCAGCCUUAGUACAGCUUUUAUUAGAAAGAGGAGCAUUGAUUGAACAUGUUGACCUUUAUGGAAUGCGUCCUUUAGACAGAGCAAUCAGCUGUAGAAAUGUACCAGUAGUGCAAAACUUUUUAAGAAGAGGUGCUAAGCUUGGCCCAACAACAUGGAAUAUGGCAUCAGGAAAACCAGACAUAAUGUUGGUUUUGCUCAACAAGCUUUUGGAAGAUGGAAACACAUURUACAGAAAAGGAAGAUUAAAGGAGGCUGCCUAUAGAUACACAUAUGCUCUGAAUAAAUUCCCACCAGAAAAUGAACUAGACUCGACAUUCAAGCAACUUCAGAUUAACUUUUAUCUGAACACUUCGCGUUGCAAAAGGAAGUUGAAUGAAGUCCACGAGUCUAUUGAAUUUGCAGAAAAAGUACUGAAGCUGAAACCAACAUCAUUUGAAGCAUAUUAUGCCAGAGCCAAAGCUCUUAAAGAUCUGAGGAGAUAUGAUGAUGCAUUAUCAGACAUUCAAGAAGCUGUGAGACUGGUACCAUCUGGAAAUUCAGACAUUAGACAUGUUCUGUUUAGACUUAAGGAUGACAUACAAAACAAAUUGGCUUUGGACCAUACAGCCAUCAAUCAAGAGAUUGCUGGACCUUCCUACCUCUGAAUAGAUGACAAUGUUCCUAACGACAAAGUAGAUAAUUUUUCCUAAUGAUUUGUUUUUUUUUUUUAGACGAUUUUAUGUGGGUUUUCCAUAAUUAUUAUAAAAGCUUUUUAUUUAGAAACAAAUCGUCAUGUACGUACUUAAUGAUAGGUUACCUGGUUAAUCAAAAUAAUUUAAAACAAAUUUAAUUAUAUUAAAUAAAAUAAAAUAUU